UGAGUGGAACUGUAACAACCAUGGAAGUCGCUCGGAAAAUAAAGACAAAAGUAUCCGCUGGCUUCAAGAUGCGAGGACUUAUACUACGACCUGAAGCCAGCAGAUACCUGGUGGAGGUCCUGGAGUCUGUUGAUGCCUCUGAACUGGAUGAUAUUAUUGAUAAGGUCCUGGAUGCAGUGGAAAAGCAACCAUUGUCCUCUAGUAUGAUAGAGCUGUCUGUGGUGGAGAUUGCUGUUCAGGAUUGCACUCAGUCUUGUGAUGAAACCAUAGAUAAUGUCUUCAACAUCAUUGGAGCUUUUGAUGUGCCCAGAUACAUUUACAGUGUGGAGAGGAAGAAGUUUGUACCCAUCAAUAUGACGAGUCAUCCGGUGCCCAGUCUGUGUGGUUUGGCCAAAGACAAAGCUGAACUCUUCAGGGAGCGCUACACCAUCUUACAACAGCGUAUACAUCGGCACCAGCUCUUCACCCCACCUGCAAUAGGAGCUGCUGUUGAGGAGGGUCAGAACAAAUUUCAGCUCAAGACAAUUGAAGCACUGCUCGGCAGCACAGCUAAACUCGGAGAGGUGAUUGUGCUCGGGAUGGUCACACAACUGAAAGAAGGUAAAUUUUACCUGGAGGACCCGAGUGGAACGGUACAACUGGACAUGUCCAAAGCACAGUUUCAUAACGGCCUGUACACAGAGUCCUGCUUUGUGCUGGCAGAGGGUUGGUACGAGGACUCAGUUUUCCACGUCAACGGUUUUGGGUUUCCACCAACAGAGCCGUCAGCAAGCACAAGGGCGUACUAUGGCAAUCUGAACUUCUUCGGCGGCCCAUCCACCACUUCAGUGAAGGCCUCAGCCAAGCUGAAGCAGCUGGAGGAGGAGAAUGAGGACGCUAUGUUUGUGAUUGUUUCUGAUGUGUGGCUGGACAGUGUUGAAGUGAUGGAAAAGCUCAACGUCAUGUUCUCAGGCUAUGCUUCAAUGCCUCCCACCUGUUUCAUUUUUUGUGGUAACUUCUCCUCUGCCCCGUAUGGAAAAGCACAGCUCAAAUCACUCAAAGAGUCGUUGAAGGCUCUUGCUGACGCUAUAUGUUCAUACCCCAGCAUUCACAGCAGUUGUCGCUUUGUGUUUGUUCCCGGCCCUGAAGACCCCGGUCCAGGCACCAUCCUGCCACGGCCUCCUUUGGCAGAUCACAUCACAGAGGAGUUCAGACAGAGAGUGCCGUUUUCUGUGUUCACUACAAACCCAUGCAGGAUCCAGUACUGCAGCCAGGAGAUCGUCAUCAUCAGGGAAGACCUGGUCAACAAGAUGUGCAGGAACUGUGUCCGGUUGCCCAAUAACAAUCUUGACAUUCCAAACCAUUUUGUUAAGACCAUCCUGUCCCAGGGCCACUUGACUCCACUGCCCCUGUAUGUGAGUCCUGUAUUCUGGGCGUACGACUACUCCAUGCGUGUCUACCCGGUCCCUGAUGUCAUCAUCUUCGCAGACAAAUACGACCCAUUCAGCAUCAAAAACACAGACUGCCUCUGCGUCAACCCAGGCUCAUUCCCAAGAAGCGGCUUCACAUUUAAGGUGUACUACCCAUCCAACAGAGCUGUCGAGGACAGCAAACUUCAAGGACUCUAAAGAAAAAAAAAUGGAUUCACAGGUGGAUCCAUUUCACUUGUUUUGUACAUUGCUCCUGUAUGAUACUGUAUGUUUAAAAUGGAUGUUAUCAAAUCCUUGUAGUUUUAUUUUGUAUGUGUCUGUGUGUAUGUU